AUUGUCAUGUGUCAACUUCUACUUGUAUACUGUUGUACCUUAAACGUUUAUUUGUAAAUGUUGUGAAUGACGACUUCUCAAGAGGUCUACGACAUUAAUAUUAUUUUUUAAACAAACUGAAUGAUUUAAAUUAAAAAAAAUUGUGAAGUUAUAGCUGGAACCUAGAAAAUAAAAACAUAAUGAAUUUCGGCGGCACUCUAAGAUUUAACAAAUUUGCUUGUUUUACGCUAGGUUUUAUUUUAUUUCUAAUUAUUUAUUGGCGCUCUGGUGGUUCAGGAUAUCCCAUUGAAAAAGAAGACCUCAUUAAUCUGAAAUCUUUACUUAAAGCUGCUAUAUAUGCUGCCGAGCGAGGUGGUAAGAAAGUCAUAGAUGGCAAGAAUCACGACUUAAACAUAAAGAGUAAGGGGAAAACGAAGGAAGGUCUAAACGACCCCGUCACUGAUGCAGACUACGCAUCUCAUUGUGCCAUGUACUAUAGCCUUAAAAACACAUUUUCAAAUUUAAAAAUUAUAUCAGAAGAACAUUCAAGUGAUGACCCGAGUUGUAAAAAUCAAGAAAAGAUAGAUGUUGACUCGGUGAUACCCGAACACAGGAUUAUAGAACACUUGAAUGAUGAACAUGUGUUAACCAAUCAGGUCACUAUGUGGAUUGAUCCCCUCGACGCAACUAAAGAAUAUACAGAGGGACUAUAUGAGUAUGUGACGACCAUGGCCUGUGUAGCCAUCAAUGGAGUGCCAAUUGUGGGUGUUAUACACUACCCAUUCCCUCCUCGAACUUAUUGGGGCUGGUUCACAAAGAAAACAUCCAGUAACAUAGCUAAUAUACAACAUAUAGCUGAGAACAAGGAACAUCCAAGAGUUGUUAUCUCACGUUCACAUCCAGGUAAAGUUGAGGAUUUAGUUAAAAGAUCAUUCGGCCCCAAGACUACAGUGAUCCAAGCGGCCGGGGCGGGAGACAAAGUCAUGGGAGUGGUGAAUGGUAACUUUGACGUUUACCUUCACGCUACUGCCAUCAAGAAGUGGGAUCUUUGCGCGGGAAACGCCAUCAUAAAAGCCGUCGACGGUAAAAUGACGACCCUGAAAGGCGAAGACAUUAAUUAUUCUUCCGACAGCGAACCGAAAGUCACAGAUGGCAUUUUAGUAUCGAGAUACGACCACGAUUAUUAUUUGAGUAAAAUUCCCAAAAAUGACGCCUGAUAAUGAUUUUUUUUUAGGUUCCACGUUGUGAUGCAUAAUUUAUUAAUAAUAACUAAACUCGAAUAUUUAUUGUGACAUUUUUUUAUGUUUUAUUUAUUUAGAUGAUAUAUCGGAUUAAAAACUUAAAUCAUAUUUGUGGGAAUAAUUUGACUGGCUCUUAUAGUAUAUCGAUUGGUUUGACGUUAAGUACAUAGGAAACGCAUUAUUUUUUCUGAUAGUGUUGUGCAGCUAGUAUCUUAUAAAUCAUACAUUUCAUUUAGAACACGAGACGUCAUCAAUUUAUUUUACAAAGCUAAUGGUUUAUGUUUAUUCAAUGAGGAUUACUAAAUAUUAUACUUACCUAAAAUAUAUAUUUUUGAUGUAUAAUUUUUUUUCUCAUUUUCAUAACAAGUUAUAAGGUUGCAUAGGUAACCUUUUAAGAACUAUUGAGCUGUGGUUUCAAAUUAUUUAUUAAAUUGUACAAUAUUCUUUGUUGGGAGAAUUAAUGUUUUUUUUAAUAGAAUUAUAUUUAAAUCGAUUAGGAGUUAAAGAAUAUAUUUAUUGAUGUACAUAUGUAUUUUUUGUGAAUAGUAAAACCUUUUUAAAUUGAAUAAUUCAUGUAACAAAAAAAAAAAACGAAACAGCAAAAUGACAAUACAAAAACUAUGUAAUCAAAGAUAAGUCAAUAUAUUAUGUAAAGAAAAGCAUGUUAAAUGUCAUACAAGGACGAAAAUGAUUUUGUGUAUGAUUAAAAAUCUACCAACAUAUGUAGUUCGUAGUGACUUCGGUUGAGACUGUUAAAUUUUAUUUCAUUCAAAAGUCAAUCCCGGAUCGUGUCUCCUCCAUUCUGCAUGAAACUGGCAGAAUAUAAUGUGCACAUCUUUGCACGGAUGAAGGCCAUAUUAUUUAAAAAAAAAUAUCAUUAAUAUUAAUUUUUAAUACAAUGACUAGAUAACCUUCAGUCUGUGGUAUAGUGAACUUUGUGUGAUAAAUUAAAUCAUUUGGAUAGCC